AUGCUGAGAUUACUCAUAAUAUUGGUAAUAUUCACAUCGAACCUUCCAGUGUUACAAUCAAUGGCAAAUAAAAUGGCAAAAUUACAAGGAUGUGGUGUAAAAGGGCGUCUCGUUUGCGGAAAGGUUCCAUUGGUAGGUGCUAAGCCCGAUAUUGAUGACCUUUUGGCCGAGAAUUACACGGAUUCGAAUGGCCAGUUCCAGCUGAACGGUGCUACCCGAGAAAUGUCGACGAUUGAAACACUAUUGAAGAUUUAUCACGACUGCGAUGAUGGCAUAAGACCGUGUCAACGUAAGAUAAUGUGGCAUAUUCCGUCAAGUUAUCAUCAUGAGGGCAUCCUCAAAGAAUAUUUCGAUAUCGGAACGGUCAACAUGGAAAUAGGGUUCCCUGGUGAGGAACGGGACUGUCGUCACUGA